AUGCACUUCUUCUGGGAUGAUGCUGAAGAGACGGAGGACGAGGCCAAAGAAGCUGACGGCGAUGACUCUCCAGGGGAGGAGGACUUCGAAGACUCGCCUCGUCCUCGAAGACUUUCGCAAAGUUCCAGGCGCUCCAAGGACUCCACUGGUAGUGGAGCUCGACGCAGAUUUGCUGCGGAGGGCCGUGGCGUCAGCAUCUUCUCGGUGGGCUCCGGUUUUUCCUCGGCCUCGGUCUUCGAUCGGAUCGAGCUGCCGCCCGAGAAGAGGGAUUGGUACUCGGUGUUGAUACCUCUGGGCAUUUUGCUCUUCUUCUUGGCUUUGGUCUUAGGGACGGGCCUCUUGACCAACAGCGUGAAGAGCGUCGUUUUUACCGAGGGCUCCUUUGGUUACGAUACCCAGGUGAGCGACGAAGCCACCGCUCAAUGGCUUCGCUGGCGCCGCGCGCUGCGCCUCGCCGAGCCCAGCGUGGGGCUGGGGCCACCAGGUGGACUGGAGAACGUUGCACAGGUCACCUGGCGUCGGCUGGACUUGAUCUAUCAGUUGCCAACGGGAGACACCGCUUCCAGCGUUGGUUUACAACGCGCCAAGGUCGUGGAGGACGCGCUGAGGGCGCUACCGUUAUGGGCGAGCCUCUGUGGAGAGAUGCCCAGUAGAUACCAGCUUCUAUGCCAACAAGGCGACUCAAUGGUCUCCGCCAGUCAUGGCAGUUUUCAGGAGGUGAGCGUUAGCGAUGUGGCUGCCGGGAUGCAGGCGGAUCUACAGCUGGACGGUGCUGGCGCCGAGGUGCUGAUCGAAUUGGAAACUCUUCUCCGUAUUUUGGAGGAACGCUCUCCUUCCACCCUGGGCCGCUGGUUGCCGAAGGCCUAA